AUGAUAGUUGCUGGAGAGUGGAGGUUUCUGGAGAAUUUUCAGCUGACUAAGUCUAUGGGAAAGUAUAAGGCAACAAACCAUGCUUUCAAGAUGUCCUUGACUAACACCACAAUAGUAAGCCGAUCUCCUUCGCUGUCGACUGAUUGGUAUUUGGACCUGCAGAGCUUUGAGAGCAUAACUGCUGAAGAUGGUCUCAAUGAAAACAUCUUAAUCGAUGUGGUUGGCCAAGUCGUGAACAUUGGUGUGAUGAAAUCAAGUGAUACCAAUGGGAAGGUUUCUAAGAGAUUGGAGGUGGAGCUACGGGACACAAGAUUUGCUGAUACCAUGUGGGCUGCUGGUGAGAACGCAGGCAACAACAUUGUUACCUGUUUACUCCGACUAGCGAAGAUAAAUCAAUUUAAUGGUGAAAGAUCCAUAGCAAAUGCGUAUGAUAUGUCUUUGUUGCUGAUCAACUCCGAUUAUCCGGGAGUCCUAGAUUUUGUCGAGAAUUUUCCAAAAGAUGGAAUAUCUAUUGCCUUUAUACAACCGAAGGCUGCUGAACCAAAAGCGGAGAAGAAGAUUGAUUAUUUCAAUCAGUUUGAGAGGAGAACCAUUUCCGAGCUACAGGAAUCUACUAUGGAGGGUAAGUUUAAGAUCAUGGGAAGUAUUUUCAACAUAGACAUGGAUUUCGGUUGGUAUUACUUCACAUGUAUCAAGUGUGAUAAAACUGUAUAUUUGGUUCCCAAGAAAGAAAAUGAUCCUCCAAGCAAGGUGAAGAAGCGUUUGUUUUGUUGUAAUCAUUGCAAUGACAACACAACGAAAGUUCAACCAAUGUACAAGUUGAUUCUUGAUGUUAUGGAUAACACUGCUAAGACUAAGGUUAUGUUGUGGGGUAAUAAUGCUCAAAAACUUGUGAAAAAAACUGCCUCGGAGAUAUUGGAUGGUAAUUUUGAUGAGAUUGAAGACCCAGCCAAUAUUCCUGAAGCUUUGAAGUCCUUGGUUGGUAAAAGCUACCAGUUUCUUGCCACCAUUGACAAGGGUAACAUUAAUGAUGGGAAAGAUACUUACAAAGUAUCCUUGGUUGAAGCUGGUAGCAAUUCAGACCAUGUUGAAAACAUAGAGGAUUAUGAGCAAAUGAUUGAUCCCUUUUCAAUUGUGUCUACUGAUCAGGGUCAUACUGUUGGAACAUACCGCACCGAGGUUGAAGAUGGGUUAGAGACAUCUCCAACUACUCCUUCUUCGAAGAGAAAGGAAGAUGCAUAUGCUGAUUUGUCUAACCAUUCGUCUUCCUCCAAGAAAAAAUGUGUUACUAAUAUCAGUGCGGACAUUGACAAUGAAGGAGCUAAAGGUCCAGCAGAGUGA